AUGAUCGCCUACUUCACCAUCUUCUGGUGGCACCAGGUCCCUCUGGCCUGGAUCUUCAACACUGGCAACACCCACUGGACAAACGACGCCCCUUCCUUUGAAGGCUGGAAGUGCGGCGGCCCUGGAGGCUGCCAGGUCCUGGACGGCCCCACCCAGACCCAGAUCUACUGGGAGGCCCAGGCGGCCUGGUACGUCACACUCGUCAUGUGCCAGUUCUGGCACAUUUUCAUGUGCAAGACGCGCCAGGUGUCCAUAUUCCGCCACGGCCUCUUCCGCAACCCGGUGACGCUGUUUGGCGUGUUGAUCAGCAUCGGGACGAUCCUCGUCAUCACGUAUGUACCCUUCCUGCAGCCCAUCUUCACCACGGCCUCCCUCAACGGCGUCGGCUGGCUGCCUCAGAUCGGCUUCCUGGCGCUGGGGCUGCUCUACACGGAGGCCUCUAAGCGCCGCGUCCGCCGCGACCCGGAGUCGUGGUGGGCGCGCAACAUGCAGUGGUGA